UGAAAGUGUCAGUGUAUUGAUACUGUCUUCAUUUUCCGCUUUCCAUGACUGCUUUCCGGAUUUAUUUUGUUUGCUGCGUAUAAAGAUUAAAAACUGCAGAACCGUCCAAUACAGUUUCCUGUGUACUGCACUGCAUAGCCUCUAUGGGAGUCACGUGACAAAAGAACAAACGACUCAGGACCGAAAAGACUUAAAGUGAAUGAUCAACCGGACUGUAAGCAGGGACAAAAGCUUAAACACUUGCUGAGUCACUCUUGAAGAGAAAAUUAACUGAGAGUUAGACUGCCAUGGCCCACAGGCUGUUUGAGGAGAAACACCAUGCAUCAAUUUACCAAAAAUAUCGCAUAAAUCCACCUGAUAGUGUUAUGGAGCUCAUUCUGGAGUACCUAAACAAAAAGAAAGGACCUCCUUGUGAGCUUGCUGUGGACCUGGGCUGUGGGACGGGACAGAACACUCGGCUUUUGGCCCCUCACUUCCAAAAAGUAGUGGGCAUUGAUGUCAGUGAGUCCCAGGUGGAGGAAGCCAGGGCAGUGCCAGGGUUUGCCAAUGUCACCUACAGGUCAGGUCCAGCAGAGGUGCUGCCAUUUCCUGAUGGUUCUGUGGAUUUACUGACUGCAGCAUCUGCAGCUCACUGGUUUGAUACUGAACCAUUCCUUAAGGAGGCAGCACGUGUGUUGAAGCCUCAUGGGUGUAUUGCUCUUCUGGGUUACACUGAUGACUUUAAUCUGUAUUAUGGAUCCUGUAGUGACAAACUGAACAACAUUUGUGCAGAGGUAAAGAAGGUUAUCAAACCUUAUUCUAGUUCUCGGGCGGUAAUAGCCAAUAGAAGACUGCAAGCUUUAUUUGAAGCAAUACCCUUCGCCGACAAAGAAAGGAUUGAAAGAAUUCCACUGAAGAUGGAGAUGACGGUUGCAGGUGUAGUCGGCUUUGUGGAGACUUUCUCUUCCUGUCAGACCUACUUUAGGACAAAUCCUCAAGAAGCAACUGCUCUUUUAGAGUCAAUGAUGACACGGCUUCUAGAGGAAAUGGGCGUCUCAUCACCUGAGACUAACUUAGAGUUCACUACUGACUUCUAUUGUGUGCUGGCAUGUAAACCACAGUGAAGAGAAGCGCUCUGAUUUAAACGAAGACUAACAUGAAGGCUAACAGAACAUUAUUCAUCCAUAUUUUAUUGUUUGUAAUGAUCACAUUGGUGCACUAUUAAAUGGAUCAAAUUAUUGUUAUUUGUAGAAAUCUACCACGUGUUAGCACAGAGAUUUUUAAAACAUAGUAAGUUGUUUCUAGAUGUAGAUUCAAAAGCUAAAAGCUAAUAAAGUCUUUAUUUUA